AUGGCCACUCGAGAUGGCCACACUUUCAGGCUUGAGGCAAGCGAGUCAUUUCGAGCUUGGAGACUGGUCCCAAUGCCUGAUAACAACGAUUAUUCCCGGCCACAGUAAGUUUUUUAAUAAAAUUGGGGAAGUUAAUUCGAGCACUUGACUAGUUUUUUGUGGAUUUUGAAGGAGAUUAGAGGGAAGUUAGUGGGAAUCAACCAAAAUUUUAAAAAAUAAUAAAAACUUCAAGGUAACCCAAAGUAACUUUAACUUUUUUUAGUGCCUCACCUCGAUUGCCGGCACCUCCACCCCCUCCCAAUCGACCGAGGAUGACCCAGCCGCCAAAACCGUCUAACAUAUUCUUCAAUCCCAACUUCAGAUUUCCAAGCAUACUCAAAAGAACGUACGUAUUUAUGGAUUAAAAUAAUCAUUAAUUUAAUUAAUAACCUUUUCCGCAAUUGUUGCUCUAAUUUCAGAACUCUGCCGGUAGUCAAAAAGACAGUCCCCAUGCAGCACUGUGCCACAGUUCUAAUCCCCAUAUUCCUAACCAUGAUUACCGUAUUCGUAUGUCUUAUUGUUGGCCUGGCAUUUCUGACAGAUGGAUAUAGUUAUUGUGGAGAUAAGGAGAAAACGACACAAAAUGAAGACAGCACUUGCCUGUCUAAGGAUUGCAUUGUGCAUUGUAAGUGUAUUUACAGCAGGCUUAUAUUACCCUGCUCACUUCGAUCAUCGAUUAAUUUAUAGCUGGGAAACUGUUAAGCAGCCUGGAUGAGAUGGCGGAUCCCUGUCAUAACUUCUUUCAGUACUCUUGUGGCCACAAAAAGAAUGACAAAAGAGAGAUUAGCAGCUUUGAGAAGAAACUAAAAGGUAAAAUUCGUUCUGCUAGUAGGAGCUUUUCUUCUUUUUACAAAUAUUUAUACUGUAAUGUUUUUAGAGAAGCUCGAAGAGAAGCCCAGACCUAGUUUCCCUCUGCCACAACGUCUGUUAUUCGAUUUCUACGACUCUUGUAUGAAUGAAGAACAUCAGAACCAAUUGGCAAGUCAUCCUUGUGUGUUAUAACACAAAGAAAAGUGAAUUCCAGGAUCUAAUCGAAUUCUCAGCUCUGGUAUCCAAAAUUGGAGGCUGGCAUCUCCUUCAAAACGCCAAAUUUGACAAUGAGAGUGCUCAAUUCGAAAAGUUGGAAGUGAACCUGCAUAACUAUGGAAUCGAGACGUUAAUUGUUGUAAAGGAUGAUAUUGUAAGCCAAAAAUUCUUACGGGUGUCUUAAAGAAAAGCCAUUAUUACAUCUUUUCUCAGAUAUCAGCUCCAGAAUUUAUGCAAGAAACAUUUAAAGAGCAGAAUCUCCAUGAGUUCUUUCUGAAUGUCCUCACAGAAAUGGAUGUGGACAUAGACUUGGCGCAAACAGCCGUCGAGAAAGCCUUGAGAUUAGAAGCCGAGCUGAUAAAGGUCAGAGCAAGACAGCCACUGUAAUCGCAUUUUAGGCCAAGAAAAAAGGACUUUCGGUAAAAAUGAAGAUCAAGACAUUGGAAUUGGAUUACCCUGAAGUCGACUGGAAGGUCUUUUUCGAUUCCGACGACAAGAUUUUGGGGCUAAAGCGAUCAAUUCAUGCGAAUCCAUCUUAUCUGAAGAAAAUAAACCAACUAAAAGAGGAUUACGAGUAGGAAAACACUCAUAUUUUAACAUAAAAUUACUUGCAGGACUACUAUUAACUAUCAGAUGAUACGAUUCUUAUUCUCUCUUACUCCCGCAUUGCCUCGGAAGUACCGAAGGCAUCUAAAAGACCUGAAUGAUGAGAUAAUUCCAAGGUGGAAGAAGUGUAUCAAUGAAAUUAAACAGAUGCUGGCUGUUCCGUUACUCAAAUUCUCAAAGAAAAUGAUCAAAAGCAAUGUUGAGGAUACUGUAAGUGCUUCUAAAAUUUCAAACACUAACCCUUACAAAACUACAGUACGCCGUUUUAUAGGUGAAUAUCGAGAGACUAAAGCUGAAUGUCGCCCACAAACUGAAGUCAGUGGAUUGGAUCGAUCUCGAAAGUAAGGAAAACCUCAACGAUCUUCUCGAAACGCUCAAAAUCACUGGCUUUGACAGUCUGAAUUGGGAUAAAAUCAAGGAAAUUUAUAAGAAGGAAAGACUUGACCCCACCUCGUACUUUGAAAAUGUAAUCAUUCUACGACAAAUCAACGCGCAGUAAGAUAAUUACUGGUUAAUUAGAGUUUUUAGGGUACUGGAAAGUGAAAAAUGGUCGAGUUUAUUGAGUCGGGGAGAGGUUAUCUUCCACGCGGACCCCCCAGAGAUUGGUAAGGCAAUUAAAAUAAAUCAAACUUAAGGGAUUACAGUGUUAGGACCGCUAACAGUAAUGAAAAUGGAGUCAAUGAACCGGCUGCACAAAGAAGUCAGUCUCACUGCAGAGAUAUAUAAAGUCCUCUUUGACCAAGGCAAGUGCAAUAUAAAUUUUUAGUCACAAUAACAAAAAAUUCUAAGAAAAAAUCCUUUCAGAAGCAAUAAAACGACUAACCAAGGAGUCCCAAUCAAUUCUCAAUGCAAAAACAGAGUGUUUCAAGAACAAAUCAACCCAUCCGGUUGAAUUGUUUUAUACCAUUUGUGCAUUCGAAACGAUCAAACCCGUAAGUUAUUGGAGAAACAAGUAGUGUAAAAUUAAACUUCCGAAUUCCAGGAGUCAGGCAAAAGUGUGAAUCUCCCAGGUUUGGGGGAAUUCUCAACUCAAAAGUUAUUUUUCUUGGAUUACAGUACGGUAAGGGAAAUAUAAUAAAUCUCAAGAAUAAGAAGAAAAACAGACUAAUAAUGAUAUUUCAGAGUGAAUGCCUCGAAGCGCAACAAAGGUGAGUUACAAUUGGAACUUUUAAAAAGGUUAAAACGCACUGGGUAAUUUAAAAAGAAAAUGCUCCGGGGUUGUUACAAAAAGCGGUAAUUACAGAAACAAAUGAUAUCAAUUUCUUGUUCUUUGACCAGACACUUCAAUUAGGUAUGAGUUAUUUUCUGCAAAUUUACGCCACCCACCUUCACCUUUAAACUACCAUGAUUAAUAUCCUAAAUUAUCAAAAGUACUCUGACGACUAAAACGAUCUCUUAAAUAACUUAUCCACGUUACAAUGACUAUAAAAUAUAUGUAAUUACAGCUUAAAUAACGUGAUGCAACACCUUGACGGAUUUGCGGAGGCAUUUAGCUGUGCUGUGGGGACAGUAAUGAACCCCAAACAGAAAUGUAAUGUUUUGUGA